AUGGGAUCAUCCAUGGCAAGAGGUGAUAUAGAAAAUUUAGCAACAGAUUUUUUUGGUCUAUUCGAAUCAUUUAAACAUGCACCUUUCUAUCAUAUAAUAAUUGAAGUUUCUCUUCUUUUGGCUGUUGUUUGGCUCUUAUUCUUUCGUAAACCACGUCCUAUAGAAAAAAAAUUAACAGAAAAAGAAAAACAAGAAUUAAUUGAUGAAUGGCAACCUGAACCAUUAGUUCCACCAGUUGAUUCUAAUCAUCCAGCUUUAAAUGUUCGAGUCUUAGAUGGUAUUGUCGGAAAGACUGUUGAAAUUGAUGGAAGAAAAAGUCUCAAUUUUGCUACAUUUAAUUUUCUUAAUUUUGUUGGAAAUCAACGUAUUGCUGAUAAAGCAAUACAAGCAGUACAAAAAUAUGGUGUUGGAUCAUGUGGCCCUCGUGGAUUUUACGGUACAAUUGAUAUUCAUUUGGAACUUGAAGAACGUUUAGCAAAAUUUUUCAGUUGUGAAGAAGGUAUUAUUUAUUCAUAUGGAUUUUCAACUAUUGCCAGUAUUAUUCCAGCCUAUUCCAAACGUAAUGAUAUAUUAUUUGUUGAUGAAGGUGUUCAUUAUGCGAUACAAAAGGGAGUUGAAGCAUCACGCAGUCAUGUGAAAUGGUUUCGUCAUAAUGAUAUAAAUGAUCUUGAACGUUUAUUAGCUGAACAAGACGUACUUGAUAAGAAAAAUCCUAAGAAAGCUCGUACAAUACGACGUUUUCUUAUUAUUGAAGGUUUAUAUGUGAAUUAUGGUGAUAUAUGUCCAUUACCACGUAUGGUUGAAUUAAAAUAUAAAUAUAAAUAUCGUAUAUUUAUUGAUGAAAGUGUUUCAUUUGGUACAAUUGGACAAACAGGUCGUGGUAUAACAGAAUAUUAUGAAUAUUCUAUUGGUUCAAUUGGUGGUUUUGCUGUUGGUAGUUCAUUUGUUGUUGAUCAUCAACGUUUAUCUGCUCAGGGUUAUUGUUUUUCAGCAUCUUUACCACCAUUACUUGCUGCAGCAGCUAUUGAAGCUUUAAAUAUUAUGGAAGAAGAUCAUACGUUAUUAUUUGAAACAAUUAUGGCUAAAAGUAAACGUUUACAUAAGAAAUUAUUAUCAAUUAAAGGUUAUAUUAUCAAUGGUGAUGAAAUAUCUGCAUUAAAACAUUUACGUUUAACAAAUUCAUUGAAUACUGUUGGACGUUUAGAAGAAAUUGUUCAAUUUGCUCAAUCACGUGAUAUAACAAUAACUGUAGCAAGAUAUUUAACAGAUGAACAUCAUUUACCGGAACCAUCUAUUCGUCUCAUUUUAAAUGUUGAAAUGACAGACGAAGAAUUAGAAUUUUUAUGUACGGUUUUACAAGAAGCACUUGUUAAAGUAACUGCUUAG